UACUGACUGUGCCAUCAACCAUUAGGACUUGUCUAAAAGAAAAAAUUUAAAGAAAUUGAAACUGAAAUAGUGAAGUUACUCUGUGCGUUGUGGCACUCAGUGAGCAUAUCAAGUUCUGACUGCCCCGAAGUAGUGUCGUCAGGGGAAGAGCCAGACUGAUCAUCAGAAUAUUCAGGAUGAAUGGCGAGUGUUCAGCUUUACUGGUUUCCUUUUUUAUUCUCUCAUUUUUCCAUCUCUCUCUAGUUCUUAUGUAAUUAAAAAUAAAAUUGCUGAACAUGUUACUUGAAUUUGUACUCUUUAUUGUGUACAUUAUAUAUAUAUAUAUAUACACAUACAUAUUACAGGGUAUGUAAAAAGUGUGUACUUCAUGAGGGAUAUAGGGGGUUUCCAAGGGUAAUUCUCAUUGUAUGUGAGUUUGGGUUUACAGACCAUCUUUAGAAUAUAACCCCCAUGUAAGAUGGGAUUGCACUGUGCUUAAAUAACUCAGUAUCAGUCAGUCAAGAUCCUCUGGUAUGAGAUUCACUUCAUUACAUUCUGAGGUUAUACAAAACAUAUUCAUACAUAAAAUCAAACAGUGCAUAAGGAAACUGAAUGUUGUGGUUGUGUGGUUAGUACAUAUGCUACAAAUGCAGGAGGUCCCAGGCUCAUAUCUUGGUCCAGAUAUGGGCUAAUGAGACUGAGGUUACCCAUGGUUUUCCUCAGUCCCUUCAAGCAAAUUCCAGGAUAGUACAUGAAAUUAGGUCAUUGCCACUUCCUUCCAUAUCCUUUCCAAUUCAUUAUUCAUUAAUCACUCAAAUGCUCAACACUACAUAGUCUUCUGUCUGUUGCCAGUGUCGUCAAAUGAACCAUUACAUUCACCAUAUUGGCCAUUCAAACUCAGAUAUUUUAAGCAUAUAGUAUAUGUUUUUGUUGUAUGUAGUACAUUAUAUGUAAAGUUUUUGUCUCUGAACGUGAUCUAACAUAAGUAUAAAUGUCAGGUUUCAAGAUAAAGUUACUGCUGUGGGACUACAAUAGAAACUUUCAAGGUUAGUUGGGUUAUGCAAUUCUGAAGGAGGAAGGAAGUUUUUAUCUUGUUUUGUAUCACUUAAAAUAUGAGCUUGACAGCUCUGUCUUUGUGCAUGUUCAUCAUUGCCAUUGUGUGGUAUGAGAAGCAGCUGUGGAAGCAAGUUAUUACACACAAUAGUGUUUUCUUAAUUUUACUCUGAUCUUACAUGCUUGGUUUUUGUUCUGCUUGGAAUGUGUCAGGGCUACUAUAAGUCCUGAGAAAGUUCUUACAAUCAGCAUAUACGUUCAAAGAUGGAUGCUGGCCUGAAGACGAGAGAGAUUCCUCAUCCCAGAGCCUCAGCAAAUCCGCUGUCAGCAAUUACUUUCUAUUGGCUGAUGGGUACCUUCAAGAAGGGCUUUAAGAAAGACUUGGAACUAGAGGACUUGUACUCUACCCUUGAAGAACAUCGCUCAGAUUACCUGGGAAACAAGGUGGAGAGGCUGUGGGAUCAGGAACUGGAGCGAUCAAAUGCCAGAAAUGGAAAACCUAGUUUGUUCAGAGUUCUCAGAAGGUGCUUUGGUCUCAGAGUUAUCCUGUUCGGUCUGGUCUUAGCUGUUGAGGAGCUCCUUUUCAAGAUCACUCAGCCCCUAUUUGUGGGAGGACUUAUCCGGUAUUUUUCACCAGAGAGCAGCGUGAGUCGAAGCACAGCUUUCAUGUAUGCUGCUGCCAUUGUGAUAUGCUCAGCUGCUAAUGUGAUUGUCAGGCAGUCAUUCAUGCUGGCGAUGUUCCACCUUGGCAUGAAGAUACGAGUUUCCCUGUGCUCCCUCCUGUACAGGAAGGCACUAAGGCUGAGCAAGACAGCUCUCAGGGAGACAACCGUGGGACAGGCAGUGAAUCUCAUGUCGAAUGAUGUCAACCGGUUUGACUACAGUGCCAAUUUCUUUGUGUACCUGUGGGUUGGCCCAUUGCAGACACUUGUUAUAUCAUAUCUGAUGUGGCGAGAAAUUGGUUUUGCUGCAGUUAUUGGAGUUGCCACCAUUAUGCUUGUCAUUCCUCUGCAAGCUUUUUUUGGAAAGAUGCUGUCCACUUUUCGUCUCCGUACUGCAAAGCGAACAGAUGAGCGAGUCAGAUUCAUGAAUGAGAUAAUUGUUGGCAUGCAGGUGAUCAAGAUGUAUGCUUGGGAGAAACCAUUUGCUCAUCUUGUUUCCAUGGCUCGCAGACAUGAAAUCCAGUCAAUCAGAGCUGCCCUCUAUGUGCGUGGGUUGCUGUUGUCAUUUGGCAGGUUUUCAACAAAGAUCGCCAUAUUUAUUGCUAUAGUGUCAUAUGCUCUACUUGGAAAUACAGUCACAGCUGAGAAGAUGUUUGUGAUAACUGGAUUUAUGAAUAUCAUAAACAAGGCAAUGACUGAUCAGUUUCCUCGAUCAAUAGCGCAUCUCUCAGAAGGAGCUGUCUCUGUUAAACGAAUCCAGAAAUUCCUUCUGUACGAUGAAGUGACCACUGCAAGUAGCUGCACUGCCAAGGGUAUGAUGACCACAUUCACAGUUGGUGGUAAACACAGACCUCUUGAAACUGGAACUGAGAUGCAGGUAGCAAAGAGUAGUGAAGUGGAAAUGAAUACAUGUACACCAGAAGACCACACAAAUGUUAAUGACAUUGUUGAUGUGAAGGGUAUCAAGAUUGCCAAUGUGACAGCCAGGUGGAGUGAGGACUUGCCUGAGAACACUCUGACAGAUGUGAGUCUGGAUGUGAGACCCGGAGAACUUGUGGCCGUUGUCGGACCCGUCGGCUCAGGAAAGACAUCACUGCUGCAUGCCAUCCUGAAGGAACUGCCCCUCAACAGUGGCUCCAUCUCUGUGGGUGGAUCAGUAUCAUAUGCAUCGCAGGAGCCCUGGCUGUUCACAGGCUCUGUACGGCAGAACAUCCUGUUUGGGCAGCCCAUGGACAGGAACCGAUACAGACAAGUGGUCAGAGUCUGUGCUCUUGAACGGGACUUCCAGCUGCUACCCCACGGUGACAGGACCAUUGUGGGGGAGAGGGGUGUCACCCUGAGUGGUGGGCAGAGGGCGAGGAUCAGUCUGGCAAGGGCUGUUUACAAGCAAGCCGAGAUAUAUUUACUUGAUGACCCACUGUCUGCAGUAGAUGCCCACGUGGGGCGCCAUCUGUUUAACGACUGCAUCUGUGACUUCCUUCAGGGCAAAACUCGACUUCUGGUCACGCACCAGCUGCAGUACCUGCAGGCAGCAGACAACAUUGUGAUCCUUAAUAAUGGUAUGGUAGAAGCAACAGGCGCAUACAAUGAGCUGCAUGUCUCAGGGCUCAGUUUUGCCAAGCAGCUUGAUCUGGAGGUGAACACCAAAGACAGUGAGCACCAUUCUCUCAGACACAGUGACUCAGAACUUUCACUCCGCAAGACAAAGCAUCAGAAUUCACAAACAUCUGAACAUAGUUCAGUGGAGGAGUCUGAGCCCAAGCAGAUAGCUGAGAUGCGGACGAGAGGCAGAGUUAGGUCUGGCGUGUACCGUGCAUACUGCGCUGCAGGAGGGAACUGCCUCAUCACAUUCAUCGUGCUGUCUGUGUUCAUCCUGGCACAACUUGCGGUCAGUGUGGGUGACUACUGGAUGUCAUUCUGGACCAAUGUAGAAGAACGGCGAUCUUUGGUCAGUAAUAGAAUUGCCUCCAGCAUAGAUGGUGCUGCCAUUAAUGAUACCACUACGCAGUUAACAGAAAUGGAUGUCACUACAACAGAUACUAGUGAGUGGAAACUGGGGGUUAGUACCACCAUUGCACCAACAGAUGUCACCGAGUGGAGCUGGAUGCCCAGCACAGAGACUUGCAUUCUUGUAUAUGUGGGACUUGUGAUUGGCAUUGUUGUGCUUACCUUGGCGAGUGCAUUUUUCUUCUUCUCAAUGUGCAUGAGAGCUUCAAUCAAUCUCCACAACUCAAUGUUCAGCAGUAUCUCACGAGCUACAAUGUGGUUCUUCAAUAACAAUCCUUCAGGUCAAAUACUGAAUCGCUUCACCAAGGAUAUGGGAGCAAUUGAUGAAACGUUGCCCGGGACAAUGAUGGACUGUGUGCAGCGAACAUUGAUGAUGCUUGGUGUGAUUGUAGUGGUUGCAGUGGUGAACUACUGGAUGUUGAUCCCAACAGUAGUGAUGCUAGUUGUGUUCUAUAUACUCAGGAUCUACUAUGUUGCCACCUCUCGCAGUAUCAAGAGGCUUGAGGGCAUCACUCGGAGUCCCGUUUUCUCCCAUCUCAGUGCAUCACUGCAGGGUCUCACCACAAUACGAAUUUUUGGUGCACAGGGCCUGCUGGAGAAGGAGUUUGACAGACUUCAGGAUGUCCACUCGACUUCUCAUUACCUGUUCCUUGCAGCAAAUCGAGCUUUUGGCCUGUGGCUGGACAGUAUCUGUGUGGUAUAUAUUGCUCUUGUUACCUUCGGCUUCCUCGUAUUGAGUGGAGUGCAGUACGGUGGCGAUGUGGGACUCGCCAUAACACAGGCUACUGGCCUUACAGGAAUGCUGCAGUGGGGCAUACGUCAGAUGGCAGAGAUGGAGAACCAGAUGACUUCAGUGGAACGUGUCUUAGAAUACACGGCUGUUGAGAGUGAGCCCCCACUGGACAGUGCUCCUGAUAAAAAGCCAGCCAAAGAUUGGCCAGCAAAGGGUACAGUAGUUUUUGAUAGAGUUUUUCUUUCAUACUCAAAGAAUGAGUCACCUGUACUGAGGAAUGUUACCUUCUCCAUCAAGACAGCAGAAAAGGUAGGGGUUGUGGGGCGCACGGGAGCAGGCAAGUCCUCUCUCAUUGUGGCACUGUUCCGCCUGGUUGAUCCAUCUUCUGGCUGUAUUCACAUUGAUGGAGUGAACAUCAUUGCAAUAGGUCUCCAUGACCUGCGCUCCAAGAUCUCCAUCAUCCCACAGGAGCCUGUGCUGUUCUCUGGCUCACUGAGAGAGAACCUGGACCCAUUCAGCGAGUACUCAGAUUCUGCAUUGUGGGCUGCGUUAGCCGAGGUGGAGCUGAAGCAGGUUGUAGAUGAGCUGCCCGCUGGACUGAGCCACAAAGUGUCAGAGGGUGGUUCCAACUUCAGUGUGGGACAGCGCCAGCUCCUGUGUCUGGCCCGCGCCAUCAUCAGGAAUAACAAGAUCCUGGUGCUGGAUGAGGCCACGGCCAAUGUGGACCCACAAACUGAUGAUCUGAUCCAGUCAACACUUCGUCACAGAUUCGUUGAUUGCACAGUGCUGACAAUUGCCCAUCGUCUGCACACAGUCAUUGACAGCAAUCGUAUUCUUGUUUUGGAUGCCGGAUCUGUCAUGGAAUUUGACCAUCCACAUGUGCUCCUGAAGAAUGAGAAUGGCUGCCUGUACCAGAUGGUGCAGCAGACUGGACAUUCCAUGGCAGAGUCAUUAUUUAGAGCUGCACAGACGAAUUUUGAAAGCUUGUCAAAGAAGACUUAGAAGUUGCUGGAGAGAGAAAUUAUAUAAUCUGCCCAAACAAUGCAGUAUUGUUAUUCAAACUUGGUGGCUAGUAAUAACCACACCAAUGGAGAAUUUCUGAGAAUUGAACCAAAUGUACUCAGACUGCAAGUUGCUAGGUGUCUUGGAUAUCCGUCCAUCCUCAAGACCAGAGAUCCCAGGAUCUUCAGAUGGUCAUUAAAGUUUACUGCCUGUUGAUACUUCUUAUAUAUAUAUAUGACAGAUUUAUAGUCACACUGCUGGUGUAUGUCAGACUUAGCAAUAAAUAUUUAUUGAACAUA